AUGGCACUGUUGUCUGACCCCGUAUCGGAGCCUGUCCCAAUAUCACUGAUCUCGGGUCGAUAUUUGCUAUUCGACAUUGACGUCGUUACUUACCUUCGCAGAACUCAUCACAUCUGCGGAUCCUUCAUUGGUGGUAUUCCACAGGCUCCGCAGCAGAAUGUAUUUCUUGGGCUUCCCAUUCAGCUCACGCCAGAGGAAGUAAAGGUUCUUAUUGAGAACGAGGUUGCAUAUAUCAUUGAUGACUCAUCAUGGCACAAGGAGCGGUUCAGCACUUUACAGGGCGCCGACAGAAAGAAGUACUUGGAGUCCUUGAGGGCUGAAGGUCUGAAGGCAAGCAGAUUGGCAGAUGCCACUGCCCGAAAAAGAUCGGAGAAUGCCCUAGCCAAGCAAGCAGUCCUGAAAGCAAGCAAAGAGGCCGCCGUUGCAGCUACCAAAGACCCGAGCGAAGUCGACUCAACUGUUGAACCAGACCCUGAUGUCACUGCCACAAUCUCCGAUAAUACUCUGAGGCUGCGGGAUGAUGGCGAAGAGGAAAUAAUUUUCUCCAGUGAAGAAAUUCCUUCAUCUCCAGAACCCUCCAAAGCCUCGGGGACUUCCAAGCCUUACGCCAUCACGCCCACUACCUCUUACCCCCCCUCAUCUCUACCACAAAACCCUUCCCAGCAGCCAGAUCCCAUAGUUCCAAUCUCUUAUCCUCUCUUCGCCCAUCUCCACGCUCACAACUACUACAUAAUGCCUGGUCUAAGAUUUGGCUGCGACUACAACGUCUACCCUGGUGAUCCAUUGCGUUUCCACAGUCAUUUUCUUGCUACCGGCUAUGAAUGGAAUCAGGAUAUCUCUAUGCUUGACUUGAUAGGCGGUGGAAGACUGGGAACAGCGGUCAAGAAGGGAUUUAUGAUUGGUGCAGAGGAUAAAGAAUCAGAGGCCGAGGGGGAUAAUGUCCGGACUUUCACCAUCGAGUGGGCUGGCAUGUAG